UCGGCAGCGAUGAGCCGCAAACAGGAGGCCGCCGAAAUAAAUCGACGCAAACACGGACAGUCGGCGUUGUACAAACGUCCGCCGAGCAGAGUAGCUGCGGUCGCGACCGCUGACGAGGACGAUCAAGACGAGGAUCACACCAUCAGCAGCAGUAGCGAAGUUUCCGAGGGAUGCCCCGAGCCCAACGGCUACUUCCCCGAUGCCGAGCAGUGCGACAAGUACUACGACUGCCAAGACGGAAAGCCCGAGGAGAAGCUAUGCCCCGACGGUCUGGUUUUCAACGACUUCAGCCCACAGCACGAGAAGUGCGAUCUGCCUUUCGGCAUUGACUGUUCCAAGAGGCCCAAGCUUCAGAAGCCCAAACCGUCUGCUCACUGCCCCCGCAUGCACGGCUACUUCGGUCACGAGGACCCAACCAAUUGCAACACCUUCUACUACUGUGUCGAGGGUAAAUUCAACAUGAUCAAGUGUCCAGAUGGACUUGUCUUCUCCGAGAAAACAGGCAUCUGCAAUUGGCCUGACGAGGCUCAGAAAACUGGCUGCGGCUCCAAGGAACUCUUCAACUUUACCUGCCCGAAAGUUGACGAAUCCAUCGCCGCUACCCACCCUCGCUAUCCUGACGCCGAGGACUGUCAGUUCUUUUAUGUUUGCAUAAACGGUGAGACACCCAGACGAAGUGGUUGCAAGCUCGGACAAGCUUUCGACGAGUCCACGGGCAAAUGCGAUUGGGCUAGGAAAAUCCCUGAAUGCAAAGACUGGUACAAAGGAGUCUUGACUGAUGCUGAAUUAGAUGCUUUGGAGAAUCCACCAAAACCAGUCAAAUCUGCCAACCCUUCCAGUAGGAGGAAAGGAGCAAGACCUCGUGAUGUUGAACCUGCCGAAGAAUGAAUGAGAUAAACCAUCGACUCAUUUUCACAUGACCAUGAAUUUGAAAGCAUUGAGAAAGUUGCUAGCUCUGCCUUUGAUAAAUAUUAUUGAAUUUUAUUUCACAUAAUUGUAGUGAUUGCAAGAUAAGGCAUUAUAAGACUGACGCGAAGAACAAAGUUUACGCAAACGUUUUAUAUGUUACGGCUUCCUCUUCA